AUGGGCGAAUUCGACGGAAAACACUGCGUCGUCACCGGCGGCACCGGCGCGCUCGGCUCGGCGGUGGUGGCGCGGAUCCUCGAACUGGGCGGCUCCUGCGCCGUCCCCGUCUACGACGAGAGCGAGCUCGACGGUUUCGCCCACGCCUCGGACGACCGCGUGGCGCUCACCGUCGGCGUCGACCUCGCCGAUGAAUCCGCCGCGACAUCGUUCUACGCCGAUGUCUCGUCGAGCGGACUGUGGGCGAGCGUCCACGUCGCCGGCGGCUUUGCCAUGAGCGGCAUCACCGAGACGUCGCUCGACGACCUCCGCGCGAUGAUGGCGAAGAACGCCGAGACGUGCUUCGUCUGCUGCCGCGAGGCGGUCCGCGCGAUGCGCGCCGCGGGCUCCGGGGGGCGGAUCGUCAACGUCUCGGCGCGCCCGGCCGUCCAGCCCUGCGGCGGGAUGCUCGCGUACCAGAUGAGCAAGGCGGCCGUCGCGUCGCUCACCCAGGGCCUCGCGGAGGAGGUGAAAGACGACGGCAUCCUCGUGAACGCCGUCCUCCCGAGCAUCAUGGACACGCCCGCGAACCGUGACGCCAUGCCGGACGCGGACUUUGACGCUUGGCCGAAGGUGGAGCAGGUCGCGGAAGCGAUGUGCUUCCUGGCGAGCCCGGGGAACGCGUUGACGAGCGGGGCGCUGGUGCCGGUCUACGGCAUGGCGUGA